AUUGUUACAGAAAUAUCUGUGGUCAAGUUAAGUAAUAAUUAAUGACAAUCUUGACGGUUUGUUUACAUGUUUGCUAUUACAAAUCCGGUACUGCACGCGGCGGCAGGGUGUGAAGACCUCCCUUAGCGCACGUUGACGUCAUUCUUCGUUUGUAUCUACAGAAAAAUAUUAGUUUAGCCAAUCAUAGUCUUGUAAAGGCAUUUCGUUAGAUAGAGAGCUGGACAUCUGUUAGAAGUUAUCGUCUGUUCAUUUUCCCGUGUUAGUGACAUUUCGCUGCACUCUAGCAGUUAAUACUUUCAAUAAAUCCGACAACUUGUAUGUAGCGAAGCUGCAAGUGUUGCCUUACUCUGAUCAGGUCUCUAUGAUCAGGUAAAUAAUAAGGGUCAAGAAAUCUUCAUAAGGCGCGUGAAUACGUCACUUAUCGCUUGACUACCGAGUCGCGCACGACAACCACGUGUGGUUACUCUAAACCACACCCCUUGAUUCUGAUUGGAUGUCUACAGCUGUCAGUCGUAUAACGAGGUUGUUCGUUGCUUGCCCGAAGUUAAUAAAGAGGGAGAUCAAUUUUCUGAUUCCGACAAGUGGUUUGUCGACUCCAUCAUAUAUUGUUGCUAAUUCAGUUCGAAAACCAUUCAGUCUGUCGUCUGAACGGAAACUUAUUCAAACACCACGAACCUGGAUGGGUUUUCUUGGAUAAAGCAGUCACUGAGAAACGAAACAUUACAUAUUUAAGGUAGACACUCUGCUAGUUGGUUGCAUUUGGACUUGCUGCACGUAGCUUGCCGUGUUUUCUCUGGACUUUACACAAACUAAAAACUACGGAUAAAUCAUUUAAUACACAAGUAUUUCGGUGAUUGUUUUUAUAUCGAUUGAACAUUGCACAUAUGGAUUUGAAAGAGAUUGAAGCUGACACUUAGUAGAAGAAACACGAUACUGAGACACUGAAAAAUACACAGGAAUAUUACUCCAUUGAAAAUUGUUUACGCUGGCGGCCUGUGUAGCACCACUUCCGUUUGUUAUCAGUAUGGGUCUUGGAUCGCCUGAUGUCGCACAAGGACCAUCAGUAGCUGUACCAUGUCUUGAAAUUCCGAGGGAGCAAAAUCAGCCUGUAAAUCUGAGCCUUCACACUAGUGUAAAAAUGCUGUGUAAGUCACCAAGCGCAGUGCAAGAAGCAGGGACAAUUUCCCCUGGCAGGGAACUCUUGAGCCCUGACAGUCUGGACAAUGUUUCAAAUACUUCACUAUCACCAUUUGAUAGUAAAGCAACGACAAAGCAACUUAUUGAAGCAGCUUUGGAUCAAAGUGAUUUUAUCAAUAUGAACAUAAAUAACAAUGUAUUGACUAAACUUCAAUGUGAAAAAUACAAUACAGCAUUAGAUCAGAAAUUGUCAGUUAAGAAUGGAUCACGAGUAGGCUCUAUCGCAAAUUUACUUUCUGUCCCAAUAGAGCAUCCAGAUUUUCAAAAGGCACCGGUAAGCCCGCAAGUAACUUGGUCACACCCCGCUGUUGUUAAUCCAACAAUGACGGCACAUGGUUUCUCUGAACUUCAAAGUCCUUUAUUUCCUGCCAAUAAUUCACAGAAAACUGGAGUUUUUUUCGCUGGUCGUUCUUUCCCGAAAGGCUUAUUAGACCGUCCGUCCCCGCCUAAAGUCCAACGUCGUGUAUUUACAAACAGUCGUGAAAGGUGGCGGCAACAAAAUGUAAACUCGGCUUUUACUGAACUUAGAAAACUCCUACCGACACAUCCAGUAGACAAGAAGAUGAGCAAAAAUGAAAUUUUACGUCUUGCAAUAAGAUAUAUAGACUUUUUGAUUCAGUUGCGAGACGACCAAGAGGAGCACCCGGAAGAAAAAGUACGUAAAGUUUGUGUGGGCAGAAUAGGACGAAGUACUUCUGAAACCACAGAGGAUGUCAAACCAAAAACAGGGGGUAAAUACAGUGUAAAUGCAGCUGGAAGAACAUACGUGAGUCGUGUUACAAGGCAUAAACGAGAACGAAGUUCCUCUGAAAGUACAAGUGGAUUUGGUGAGUGCGGUCAAACUCCAGGAGGAUGCGACGCUGAAAGUUUAUGCGGAAGCGCUGGAAGUACUUGCGAGAGUGCGAAUGGUUACUAUAGCGAUGAUAAUGGCGUCACGAGUGGAAGAUCAAGCCCUGUUUGGUAUUCUCCUGCAAGUGGUAUUAGUAAUUAAGAUGAGUGUAAAGUUCAGUUGACUUUUUGCCGUGUCGACAUUCAAAUAGCAGUAGUGUACAAUAAUGACAAUAUGUAAUUUCAUUGAACUUAUUACACGAAAGCAAUUGUCUUAACACAACAGAAGUCUGAACAGGCAUGACAUAAAUUGAAAAGUAUACCAGAGAUGAACUUUCUAUUUUCAAACAUGUGGCAGAUAUAUUUAAAUUUGCUGUUUUUGCAUACUUAACAGUUUUCAUAUAUAAUUAUUUUUUUGUACGUGGGAUUAGUGUCCGUCUAAACUGAGCAUUUCCAGCCGACAAAUAAUUUGUGUAUUUUGUAUCAAGAUUUGUAUUGAUUGUAUUGUGGGGUUGAUGAUGAUAGGCUGGUACUAUCACAUGACGUAUCGAAAAUAUUAAUUGGAAUAUUUUGCGAUUAUCUUUUUGAUCCGAAAUAUUAAAACCCUAUAUGGGGCGUUUCACAAGGUUGAAAUAACUUAAAGGUAAUUAAAAUAAAUAAUUUACGAUGAUCGGAUAUUUAGAAUGAAUCAUAUUUUCCUAAAUGAUAUUAUCAUUAUUGAGUUCAAAUUACCAGAAUGUUGAAAAUAUAAUAGACUCAAUUAAAUCCAAAUAACAUUGUAUUCCAUUUAUAAAAAAUCCAAAAAUAAAUUCCUAAUGUUUUAGAACUGCAAAAAUGAUUUUACAAGAUUCUCCCUUUAUCCCAGAUAAAUUGAAACUAUUAAAAAUAGUAUUAUGAUGGUUAAUGUUUUUUUGUCGAUUUUAUUGGUAAGUGCAUCCUAGCUGGGGUAACACAAUACCUUGGCGGAUGCUAGGAUAGGAAGUAGAUUGAGAAACGUAAAACGCCAAGUCUUUCCCGACUAUCAUGUCGGGUUAUUGCCCGCAACGAUUAUAAAUAAUUUCAUUCAAAAGUUCAUGAGCUUAUAGUUGGGUGCGUAGGCAGCUAUGCAGCAUCAUGUAUUUUAGUUCAAACAUUUGGUACACAGAAAAUUAGACAAAAAAAAAUGUGCAGUUCAUAAACUUAUAUGUUCAUAAACUGUAUAAGCUUUGAGGUAGCCUAUUAUAUUCAACGUUUGCCACAGUUUAUACCUCCAUUUUAGAAGGUUACAGGUAGACGAACACUUAAACUACAGGUUUUCUGAACAAAAUAUUGUCUUAAUAUUAAAUUAAUAAACUGCGUGUUCAAAAGAAUAAAACCAUCUUUUAUGAAUGACGUCAUGUUCAUUUCCCCCCAUUUCACUUUAUUCAUUUAAAUGAGGAAAGUUUAAAGUAAAAAAAAAUCUAUUAUAUAUGCCUAAUAUUCAUUUAUUCAGUCGAAUAUUGUACUAAACACAAAAUGAAUAGGCGUUUAUAACCAUAGGCCUAUUUAUGUUGAUGACAGCAAAUGCAUCUCUCAUUGUAAUCUCUUGCAGUUCAGCAAUUUUGCUGCUAUAGAGAAGUUGAAUAAAAUAAAUUGAAUUUAAAUAAAAACAUUAAUGUAACCAUUGAGUCAAAAUGACAUUCGAAGAGACUGCUCUUGCUCCAGACAAAUGAAACCCAAAAUUGUAGAUUGAUGAACUACAGAAACUGUUGUGGACGCCAGUGGAUAAAGCAUAGGGCGUCUUCUCUUAGUGUUUAUCAUCAAUGUAAAGAAGCAGGAACAACAAAUUAGUUUCAGUAGUUCUUGUCAAGGUUGAUAAUUUGUGGACGACUUCAAAACUCAAAACAAAUAAUAGGCACAGAGAAAACAAUAGAAUACCAAAGUGUUAGUUUUUAUUACUUUUCAUCAUUUUUGUUUAAUGCAGUUGAUCUGUGACAUAAUGCUAUGCCUCAAUUUAACUAAGGCAGUUUUGGGAAUAAUAUUUUUAAAUUAAACCUAAUUUGAUAUGAUUUAGUCAAAUGUUUUCAUGUUUCAUUCAUUUUUCAUUUCCUCAUUAUUAUUUGUGCUUCUAUUCAUUUUUGCAAUAUUGUUAGAACUAAUAUUUGUAUACUUAAUUAUUCCGUUUAACUUUUACAUUCUCUUUCCUCUUGCUGAUUUGGUUGUUUUAAAUUGAUCCAACACCUUUUAAUGCAUCAGUCCAUGUUAUACUUUCAUUAUACUUUCUAUAUACUAUAAUUUGUAUUUCGUUUACAUCCCAAUAUUUUUUAAUCAUUCAAGGCUUUCGAAGUCAGCACUACAACAAAGUUGGCAUGGUUUUUAUAUAAAUGGGUUAUAUUAUGAUUAAGUGUUGCUAAUAAUUACGAUCUUAAUCGGACUGGCUCCGCGAAGAUCUAAAUAAAAGUUUCUCUGCAACUGUCUCGUAUCAACUGGAUUUGUUAUGUAGACAGAAAGUUUUGUACUUCUUCCACUACCAAACUCGUGAACUUUGUUGAAGAAUCUGAAUCUAAGGAUUAUUGUAUUUUUGUACAUACUGAAAUCAAUAAAGGAAUUAUAGAUUAACA